AUGCUAAUCCGCACGGCGCCCACAGGCAAGACUGCCCCUCGACUGAUCAACGACCUCCUCGACCAUGACCCCAGACACGCUUUCAUGCAUGGGGGCAGGAACUUGCUGGCGGAUCCUGCUCCAAGGUUCAGAGGACAAGGUUCGCUUGGUCCACGGAAGGACAAAAUGGACUGUCGUCACAAGCUCAUGAAAAAGGAGCACCAGACAAAUGCCCCAAGAUCAGAGGAUGAGCGACCAGAUGAUUCCACAGAGUACAAGGUGGCCGCGUACUGCUCGGCAUGUCUAUAUCAUUUCGACGUUACAGCCAACUUCUGGAAACGGAACGACCGGAAGACUCCUUGCAAUCUCUCAGAUGAAUCCAAUCCUCUACACCAUCUGCGGCUGGCAAAAUCUCAGACUUCUAAAGAGUACAAGGAGAAACACGGGAUGGACAAAUAUGACCAAUCGAUAGAAGCUCAUAGCUUUGUGUGUUCUGGGACAGAAUGUCCCCUUGUGGUUGACAUAAAGAUAUCACCCCCCCGACUUAACCAUCAUAUGCUCUCUUACAUAUUCGACACUGCGAAAUUGGAUGCCCGAGGGCGGAGAGAAAUCAAGAACGACCCAGAGAGAUAUUCAGGAAUGGCUCCCAUAAAACCGCUUCAAGCUUUAGGAUACCUUCGACAGUAUUUGUCCGAUGCGAAGGGCGCGAAAAGCAAGACAGAGCUUAAGAAAAUCGCCAGACGAAACAAAAAGUACAUGCUUACGUUCGCGGACGAAUGUGAUGAACUCUUUGAGUAUCUGGACUUUGUUGCGAUAGAGGAACCUUCUUCGGAACCUGAAGAUGGACCAAACUGUUUUUGGCAGCUCCCUAUCAUAACCGACAUCAACAGGAACUUCAUUGCUGACGUCUUGCACGAAAUCGAUCUGUUGAUGGUGAUGCGCCCGCAAGACGAAGGCAGCCGUACUACAGUCUACCACCUGCCAGCUUUGAAGGAUAUUGAGCGGAGUCUUGGAUGUUUUGACUACCCCAAAAGGAACCGGACGGUCGAUCUAUCAAGAGACGAGCAUCCCUAUUACAUCAGUCUAGGGGCCGUGGACGAUUUUACGGAUAAGUAUCUUGAGUGGGCCUAUGAACGGCAGUGCGAGUGUGACCCUUCGAAUAAGCCUUACUACCUCGACUGCCUGGCUGAUCUGGCCAACGGACGUCAGAGCGCGGAUCUCCAGACGAGACUCGUAAUGGCCACUUCCGCCGGUGAAUUGGGCUUGAAGGCCAUCGAGGAUUCUUACAGAUACUUCAAUCUGAACCCCGACUCUGUUGAAGGCGACGGUCAUAUCAUGGGUCUCUACAAGUCUCGCAUCGAAUCAGCACCUCGCCAGAAAGACGAGGCCAGGGAGUGUCUUCUGAACAUCGCCAAACACCGAAACAGCGAGAAGAUCGAAGCUCUCGCAAACGAUAAGACCAUGUCAUUUGAAGAAGCGCUGGAGUUUUUGGGCAUUUCAGUAGACACUGCCUCUGAUAGUAUCGAGGCUUCGGCUGUUGCAUUGUCACUCGAAUCAUCAGACAAGGCCAAAAUUGCACGAGCACUUCGUGUUAUUGCCAGCCAACGCUCCGGUGACUUCACUCUGCAACGGGCAGCAGCGGCAAUGGAGUCGGGCUCUGGCGGAUCCACGCUCGACGUGGGCGAUGCGUACAACCGACUUCAGAUUGGCUCACGUGGCGUUCCCGACGAAAUCGUUUUCACCUACUACCAGAGUCUCUCCAAUGGAGCGCCGUCCGGGUCAAAGGACAGUUAUACUGAAGCUCUUCGAGUGAUUGCGCUUGAUCGACAAAGCAAUUUCUUGCUGAGGAAGCUCGAAGAUCCCAAUGCCGACGUGCAAGCAAGUACUUCUGAGCCUGUUGGUCUUGACAACAUUGGCAAUACCUGCUAUCUCAAUAGCUUGCUGCAGUAUUACUAUACCAUAAAUCCUGUGAGGGACAUGGUGAUCAACUUCCAGCAGCACCGCAUGGGUCUCAACGAUGAGGACAUCAAAAACAAGAGAGUCGGUGGGCGCAUUGUCGACAAGUCUGAGAUUAUCAAGGCACAGAAAUUUGUCGAAGAGUUGCAUAACCUUUUUGAAAACCUGAAGACGGCGUCGUCACGCUCGGUCAAGCCAACCAGGGAAUUAGCUGAACUCACCAUUUUCAGCUCUGCCGCUGUAGCAGACUUCAGAAGGGCGUCGAUCAGCAGCCCACACGGUCCACCCAAUCUUUCCUCAAUUAUGGAUGGCCCAGUAUAUGGUCCACAAUGGCCUCCUCCACUGCCUCCACCACUUCCAACCACGGUAGAGGAGGACAUUGAGAUGAUUGACCACCCCAGAAAUAAAAUUACAGAAAAUGGCGACGACAGCAGCGAAGCGACGCUGGUUGACCUUGACCAACUUCCUCCUUCGUACGGCGAAACCACUGGCAACGAGGAAUCCAGCCCGGGAGAUGAUGCCGUCAUGGUGAAUGGCGAGGAUUCAAGCCCAGAUAGACCUUCUGCCUUAGAAAAGCCACCACCGAUUCCACCGCGGAACAAGUCUGGACUCGUCAUUCAGACAAACGAAAACAAAGACCUUCUGCCCAAUGAUGAACUGUGGAAAUUCGGAUCCCAGCAAGAUGUUACCGAGGUGAUAGGCAAUGUCAUGUUUCGCUUGCAAUGUGCCAUAAAGCCUACAAGUAUCGAGGAGACCUCAGGAGCCCAGAUCGAUAUUAUCAGAGAUACCUUCUUCGGUGCUAAUACAGUCUAUACACAGAAAGCACAGAGUUUGGAGAGGAAGACGGAAGCUUGGCCAUCGAUCAUCGUCUUUCCUGGAAAGGUCGGUCGAGACAUAUACGAAGCUCUCGACGUGGUUUACGACGAGCAACAAGUCGAAAUCGACAAUACGACCGUGCCUCAGUAUGCUUCGCUGAGCAAACUUCCGCCCAUCUUACAAAUUCAUAUUCAGCGAACAGACUUCGACCAUGAGACCCAUCGAGCAUUCAAGAACCGCAACCCCGUUGUGUUCCCGGAAACGAUUUAUCUAGACAGAUAUGUGGACACGGGUGAUCCAAAUUCGGCCAUAAUGCGAAGACGCCGCGAAGCUUGGGGAUGGAAGGAGCUGCUUCGAACAUUGGAGGCCCGGUACGCAGCUCUCAAGAAUGAUCAAGCGCAGAUCAGUGUCCUAGACGCUUUAUCGGCAACCAAAGAUUUUGUUAGUAAUCUUCAGGAAGAGGAAAUCGAGGGCAUUGAAGUCGAUCCUGCUCUUCCUGAAGCACUCGAGGAACGAAUUUCGGAAGUUGCUGCCGAACUCGAAGCUAUUACCGGACGAAUCAACGACCUCAGAAGCAGAAUUCAGGGCCAGUUUAUUGACAUGCGCGAGUAUGAAUACAAAUUGCAAUCGGUAUUCAUCCAUCGCGGUGAGGCCGGAGGUGGCCACUACUGGAUCUACAUUUAUGAUUUUGAGCAUGAUAUCUGGCGCGAGUACAAUGAUGAAUGGGUCUCGGAGGUUAAGGAUCGUCGAACGAUAUUUGAGCAUCAAGGUGGUGCUGGCGGAACACCGUACUAUCUUGUGUAUGUGAAGAGCAGCGACAUCAAGAAUUUGGUGAAUGCUGUCUGCAGAGAUGUCCAGGAGGUAGAGGUGACGCAUACCACGGAAGAGUGGCCAGAUUUGAUGGAAAACGGUGUUUCGGCAGCCCUGAACGAGGACGAAGAUAGCCCUGAGAUGAGGCACGUUGAGCACGCCAAACCGAGGCCGCUACGACCAAAGCCUUCUGUAAUAGAACAGUCAGCUUGGGAAGCUGAUGCAUGGAAGGAGAACGAGGGUCUCAAGGACGGGGCCAAGGUCGAUGCAAACGGGAAACCAUGGUAG